CUUCUCUCUCCAUCUAAAAAAAAAUUAAAAUUGUACUAUCAUGGAGAUGAACUCACAAAGCCAAGAGAAAUCAUACAUGGCCUCCAUUCCUUCAAAACUCCAUGAAUUCAUCAAGAAAAUAAAGAAAAUUGGAGAAGAAGAUCCAAGAAGGAUUAUUCACUCCACCAAAGUCGGAUUGGCUUUGACACUAGUCUCCUUCUUCUACUACUUCCGGCCACUCUACGACGGCUUUGGACAAGCCGGGAUGUGGGCAGUCCUAACCGUCGUCGUUGUCUUUGAAUUCACAGUCGGUGGGACACUAUCGAAAAGCAUAAACAGAGGCUGCGCGACGCUGCUAGCCGGGGCAUUGGGUGUCGGGGCUGAGUACUUGGCCGGUGUCUGUGGCGAGAAAGGCGAGCCAGUUGUUCUUGGACUAAUGGUUUUCUCUCUAGCUGCGGUUUCUACAUUUACAAGGUUUUUUCCAAAUGUGAAGAGGAAGUAUGAUUAUGGGGUGUUGAUAUUCAUACUGACAUUCAGCCUUGUGGCGGUGUCGGGUUACCGGGUCGGGCAGAUACUGGAGCUGGCCCAUCAGAGGCUCUCGACUAUACUCAUAGGCGGGGCGACUUGUAUGAUCAUAUCCGUAUUCGUUUGCCCGGUUUGGGCGGGUCGGGAUCUGCACUUCCUUGUUGCUGGAAAUAUUGAAAAGCUUGCUGCUUUUUUGCAAGGGUUUGGAGGUGAACUUUUGGCUUGUGGUGGGGAUAAGAGUAGCAAGGAUUCAAGUGGAAAGAAUGUCGAGAAAUCGUUUCUCAAAGGCUAUAAAAGCGUGCUUAAUUCUAAGGCAACGGAGGAAUCAUUGGCAAAUUUUGCAUGGUGGGAGCCUCCUCACGGCAAGUUCAAAUUCAACCAUCCAUGGAAGCAAUACUCCAAAAUCGGAGCUCUAACAAGGGAAUGCGCAUGCCUAAUCGAAUCCCUAAACAUAAACACAAAAUCCCUGUCGCCGGCGUCGGAGUUCAGCGCCAAAAUCCGGCAACCGUGCGUCGAAAUGAGCACGGAAUCCGGCAAGGCCCUUGCCGAAAUCGCCGCCGCAAUUAAAAAAAUGAGGCGGCCGCCGCAGUCCGUGGAGGCGCACGUGCAAAGCGCCAAAUCGGCUGCGGAUCGGCUGCGGAGCGUGCUGCAGAACUCCUCGCUGCCGCCGAAGCCGGACUUACAGGAUGUGGCGUCGCUACUCGUCGCCGCGUCGGUGCUCAUCGACGUUAUUAGAUGCGCCGACGGAAUCGCGGCGGCGGUCGGCGAGCUUGCGAGGGAGGCGGGUUUCGAGGGUUUGAAGACGACCGAGGCGGCGGCGGCGGUUAAUCGGCGUGGGAUUGUUAGCCCUGUGGAUGAUGGUGAUCAUGUGGUGGUUGAGAUUCAGGCGGCGGCUGCGGACUCGCCGGAGAAGAAGAUAAUCAGUACUUAA